AUGGACGUUAGUCCCGCUCCUGCUGAGAUUAAAGCACCUUCAUCACGGAAGCGGAGACGCGUUGAAGAUGUCAAGCCUGCUCGUGCUCCGUCGAAGGCAUCCACUCGUAAUAAAACCUCUGACACCCCUGCGCCAGCUAUACGAGCUGCCAAGCGGCUUCGUCACACUGUCUCCACGGGCCGUGCCCUUGCAGCCCAGCCCGCCACCCGUGUAUUCGCAUUGUGGAGGCAAGAUAGUUAUUAUUAUGCGGGUAUCGUUCACUCGUUACAGGCCGGUACCAAGUAUCGGAUCAAAUUUGACGACGAGACGGAGGACUGUGUGGAUAUCGCUAUGCUCCGUCAGUGCGAACUGCGGGUCGGAGAUGCAGUGAUCAUUUGCCACGACCAUUUCCGCGGUACCGUGGUGAAUAUCAGUCAGAUGGAAUCAGGAUUUGUCGGUGUCGAAGUCGACGACGGUUCUGACACCGAAAGCUCAGACUACAGUAUUUCGGACAUCCGGAUCGCCUCAAGAGCUAUUCAGUCGCAUUGGAAAGACCGUACCCUUACUGCAGAUUCCAUCGUCACUGUCAUUCAACCGAGGCCUCCACGUGCUGAGCGCUCGCCUUCCGGGAUGUCCUUGAUGAGUGCCACUUCGGUCAAGCAGAAAAAGCCGUUCGCGAAGACCGGUUUCGUUGUGACGGGCUCCGUCCAAAACGAGCACCCGGAGCAAAUGAAGGACAGCGUGAUGCUAGCUGUCAAGCACAAUGGAGGCACAGUCAUCGACGACUGGUCAAGCAUUUUUCACAUUGAGGGUGUCUACAGCCAGUCAAACAAACGCUGGGUAGCUUCCCAGGAUAACUUCAAGUUCAAGCCGAAGCCCGAGUUCGAGGGUUUGGAACGUGUUUUCCUCCUGGCCGACGAUUACAAUCAGAAGCCUAAAUUUCUGGUGGCUCUCGCUCUGGGGAUACCAUGUCUAUCUCAUGAAUGGAUACGAGAUGAUUAUCAAAACAAACAAACAUCACCGGACUGGCAAUCCGUACUGCUUCCUGCUGGGUUUUCAGAGACAUUGAGUGCUCGCGUAUCUCAACUUGUUGACCUCGACUGGGGUAACUGCAAGGAGCACUUGAGUGACAUCAUGUCGAAUACUGUAGCCUCCAAGUUAUUCUCUGGCAAGACUGUACUGUGCCUCGGCGCUGAUCUUGUACCCUUGCGCGGGGUGAACAAAGGUGUUUCCGAUACCGGGAAAGCUGCGAGCCAAAUCGUUCCUUGGAUUAUGAUUUGCAUGGGUGCUUCUCGGGUGGAAGCCGCGACCGAAGUCAAAUUUGCAUCCAAAGAUCUUCCUUCGUACGAUUAUGUUAUCGUCAAGGAAGCCACAGAUUUCCCGAAGAACCCUCAGGACGGUGUGACACUCGUUCACGUUCCAUGGGUGAAGGAUUGCCUCAUUUCAGGAAGGCUUCUGUCCUUGCCCAGUCGUUGA